AUGAUGAGUGAGGUUGAUGAUGUGAAUGAUUUCCUCUCAGUAACUGUCAGUAAAGUUGUUCAUACACCAACAGAUGAUAAACUGCAGCUGUGUUUUUUCUCUCCAUCAGAUUUCUGUGAACUGGAACUGGACACAAACACAGUGAACAGAAAACUACAACUGUCUGACAACAACAGGAAGGUGACAUGGGUGUGGGACAAGGAUCAGUCAUAUCCUGAUCAUCCAGACAGAUUUGACAUCCUGCCUCAGCUGCUGUGUAGAACUGGUCUGACUGGUCGCUGUUACUGGGAGGUUGAGUGGAGAGGAGAAGUUGAAAUAUCAGUGAGUUACAGAAGAAUCAGGAGGAAAGGAGGCAGUGGUGACUGUAUGUUUGGAAGGAAUGAUCAGUCCUGGAGUCUGUUCUGCUCUGAUCAUGGUUACUAUGUCUGGCACAAUAACAUAUCAUUCAUCUCCUGGUCCUCCUCUGUCUCUGACAGAGUAGCAGUGUAUGUGGACUGUCCUGCCGGCACUCUGUCCUUCUACACCGUCUCCUCUGACACACUGAUCCACCUCCACACCUUCAACACCACAUUCACUGAACCUCUUUAUCCUGGGUUCAGGAUCAAGUCUCCUGGUUCCUCAGUGUCUCUGUGUGAUGUGUGUUUGAGGAGCCAUAACCAAGGAUACAUGAGGCCAUUUUUCACAGAAGUGUUUUUGUGAACAGACGCGUCCGUUUAUCAGAAAUCUGUUGGUGAAUGGAUGCUUCAGAUGAAGAACCCUAAAAAGACAGCUCAUGUCGGUAAUAACGUUUUUCCUCAAGGUCUUUCUCCUCACAUUUUCCUCACAUCUUAUGUGGGCAGGACCAAGGCAAGGAAAAGAUGUAAGUGAGGGAAGUAACGGUACUUAUAGAGACUUGGGAUGUACCCUUUGACACGUAAGCAGCAGGGAAGUGCUUGUUACGUUGUAUAGUAUUUGGGA